CGCCUCAUCUUUCCUUCGACGUGGACUCUUCAUUCACCAUUAUAUUCUUCUUCUAACACACACACUCACUACCUGAAUCUUAUCCAAGAUUCUCAAUUUCUCAAUGGCCCUCGCUGGACCGCGGCCGCUCUUAUGUCGCCUCGGCCCCGAGAAACCGGCGCCGCCGGAGCCCCAGAGGCUGAAGGUGCCGGAGACGGCGGAGGGAGGCGGCGCCAAGAUCGUGCUGCAACCGAGAGUCUGCACUCUGCGGUCGUACGGCGGAGAUCGCGGCGGCGUGAUCAGGGCCGGCGGCGGAGAGGAUCAAGUGUCGCGCUUCUUCGAGGUUCUGUCGGAUUAUGUGGAGAGUUCCAAGAAAAGCCAUGAUUUUGAGACCAUGUCUGGUCGUCUUGCCAUGGUUGUAUUUGCAGCAACAGUAGGAGUGGAGAUUGUGACAGGGAAUUCAGUGUUGAGGAAGAUGGAUUUGGUAGGGAUUGAGGAAGCCGGCGGCGUUUGCGCGGCGGCGGUGGCCAGCGCCGCCGUCUUCGCGUGGUUUUCAAGCAACCGUAAUAGAGUGGGCCGGAUCUUCACCGUCGGCGCUAACACCUUCAUCGACUCGCUCAUUGAUAAUAUCAUCGAUGGUUUAUUUUAUGAUUCCAACUUCGAUGAUUGGUCCGAUGAAAUUUGAGUGAUGAUUUAUGUCAUGUUAUUUUUCAUGUUUCACUAUAGUAAAACUCUUUAGGUACACAUUGUGUUAUAGUGUACAAAUGUAAUAAAAUAAUAAUAGAAAAAUUAUAUACUAGUUGUAAAUAUUUAGUUUGUAGAAAAAUAUGUGGGAGGAGGAUUAACGACAACCUUGUAAAAAUAAGACUAUUUGGUGUGUAUUAUGGUAUAAUUAUUUAAUUAAGUAGAAAUGCAUACAGCAGCAUUUUAAA